UGCAGAACCAAGACCAAGAGGUCAUCAUUUUCUUCUCUUCACAACCCUACGCAUCUCGCAUGGCUUCUGCAGCUUUAUCCGCCAUUGCAGGGGCUCUUCUUUCACCUUUGCGUGACAUUAGUUUGGAGAAACUGAUCAGUUAUUUAUGGGAUUAUCUAUCAUCAUCACCAUCACCAUCUUCCCCUGAUGAAGAAGAGACACAGCAACAACUGAUGGAUUCAUUGGAAGCCUUGGAAGAUGUCAAGCUGAAUGUCAAGGUGAUGCAAAGUAGAAUUAUGAGAUUGUUUGAAAAACAUAAGCAAAAUGAGAGGGUGGUGGGUUUGCACAACAAACUCAAAGAUGUUAGUUAUGACAUACAAGACUUGGAAUCAGAGAUGAAGUACAUGGAGUUGGAGAGAAAGGUGCAGGAGAUCAACAAAGCUGAUCAAGAAACUUUCACUGCUAGCCAAUCCAGUAGAGGACUAAAGCGAUUGUUUAAGUUUUCUCCCCAGUCAAGUGAGAAAAAACGUCGCCUUUUGACGUCAUCACAAUCCUUGGGUUUGUCAACAGAUGAUGAGCUUGUGAGAAAGAUUACUAGUAUUAUAAAACAAAUAAAUAGUAUUGAAUCUAAGUUGAAGGAUGAGAUCAAGUUGGAAGAAUGGUUUGACCAGAUCACAUUGAAUGGAGUUUAUGAUCCAAGGGAACAACUUCACUUCACCCAAAACAAACGUGUCACCACAUCAUCAACAUUUGACAGGGAGAUAUAUGGUCGAGAUGAUGAAAUACAACGGUUGAUUGGGUUUCUCAAAGAACCAAAUGUCAAUGAUAAUAUUUCUAUUGUUCCGAUCAUAGGGAUGGGUGGUAUGGGUAAAACCACUUUGGCUCAGGUUGUCUUCAACAUUAGAGAAGUAGAAAACUAUUUUGACAAAAAAGCAUGGAUAUGUGUAUCACAUCACUUUGACAGAUUCAGAAUCACCAAAGAAAUAGUUGAUAUUAUUAGUCCAAUUGUUCAAUGUGGCAACACCACCAACUUGGAUCUUCUUGAGAGAGAACUCGAAAGGCAUUUAACAGGGAAGAAAUUCUUAUUGGUGUUAGAUGAUGUUUGGUCUGAUGAAUGGCAACAUCUCCUUAUUCCUCUCCAAUCCGCACAACCACAAGCUGUUAAAAUCAUUGUGACUUGUAGAGACCCUACGGUAUUAAAAAGCAUAGACAAGGGAAAUCAAAUUAUUUUGGAAGGUUUGUGUGAUCAAGACUAUUGGUCAUUUUUUGUGAAUUGUGCCUUUGCUAAAAAGAAUCCUAAUAAUUAUUCACAGGCACUGCAUGAUAUAGGAAAGUGCAUAAUAAGAAAGCUAAAAGGAUCACCAUUAGCAGCGAAGACGGUGGGAAAGCUUUUAGGACGUAGUCUAACAGAGAAGCAUUGGAAGGAUGUAUUGGAGAGUGAUUUGUGGAAACUAGAAACUGAUGCACAUGAUAUUAUGCCUGCUCUUGCAUUGAGUUACUAUCAUCUACCUCGGCAUCUUCAGCAAUGCUUUGUCUUUUGUUCGGUGGUUCCUAAAAGUUAUGUCUGUUAUGUGGAUGACCUGAUCAGCAUGUGGAUAGCCAAUGGGCUAUAUACACGAAAGUAGAAGCAGUUCAAAGACAAUGUAUGAUAUAGGAAAAGAGUGUUAUCAUGAACUACAAGCAAUGUGCUUCUUGGAUGUGGAUUCUAUGUGGUUCAACAUGCAUGACUUGAUGCGUGAUUUGGCCCAAUUAGUCUCUCAUGGGGAGAUUUGUAUUUACAGGAGUAGAGAAGAUAAAAAAAUCGCAAAAAAUGUCCGUCAUUUAUAUGCAAAAGGUUUGAUUGAUUUUUAGUUGGCAUGUGAAUCUAAUAACUUGCGCACACUUGUGUUGGAGAGAGCUGAUGAUGAGAGAGCUGAAGACAUGCCUGUCUUCCUCAACCAUGGAGCAUGCAAAAGAAUCCGAGUACUAGUCAUCUUGAAAUCUAAUAUGCAAGAUGGUGAUUGUUAUGUAAAACAUUGGUUGAAUAAAACCCACACUGAAUCGAUGAAAGAAUUCUUGGAUGCUAUUCCUCAUCUAAAACACUUGCAAUAUUUGGAUUUGAAGGAAACCCUUAUUAAAUCGAUACCUGAAUCACUAUACGGCCUUUAUCAAUUGAGGGUAUUGAAAUUGCCACAACCACAGAACCUACCAAGACUCUUUCAUAAACUCAUAAGCCUCCAAAACUUGGACUUUUGUCCAUAUAACAUGGCAUACCUGAAGCCUAUAUAUCGUGUGGAAAGAGAAAGAGGCUACUUGAUUGCACAGUUGAGAAAUUUGAAUGAACUAAGAGGCUCACUUUCAAUUGAAGACUUGGAGAACAUUGACAACAUGGAAGAAGCUAUGAAAGCCAAUUUGAAGGAAAAAUGUCAUAUCAAGGACUUGUGUUUAUAUUGGAACUAUACAAUGAAUGUUUCCAAGCAUGAUGUCCAAGAAGAAGUACUUGAAGGCCUUCAACCUCAUCCUAACUUAGAAGAGCUAGAGAUUGGUGGGUAUAUGGGUUCCAAAACACCAAGCUGGCUUGUGACACUUGCAUUACAGAAACUACAAUGUAUACGCUUAAUUAAAUGUAGAAACUGGGCUUGUCUACCUGUAGCACUUGGGUUUUUAUCUUCCCUCAAGGAACUAUGCAUAUAUGACAUUGAGAACAUAACAGUUGAGUGUGAUGACUUUGUGACUGAGAUGUUUCCAUCCCUGCGGAAGCUUGAAUUGAGCAAAGCAACAAUAUCAUUUAAGGGCAUGCCAACAUCAUCAUCAUCAUCAUCAUCGUCUCAAACAACACCAAAUGGUUGCAAGUUGUUUCCACGUCUUCAGUACCUCAGUGUGGUGGAAUGUGAUGCAGUAAAUGGAUUACAUUGGCCCAUAUAUUCAGCACUAGAGCGUCUAUACAUAAGAAAUAGCCCAGGCCUGGAUGAUCAAUUGCUAGGAUGUCUCUUUGGCCUCUCUUCUCUUACUCAAUUAGAAUUGAAUGGGGCAAAGAUCGAAACCUUUUCUGCAGAGGUCAUGGCCACACUGCAUGCACUUGAAGAAAUACGUCUUGAAAAUUGUAAUGAGCUUUUAUCUGUGGAGGGUUUACAAGCCCUUCCCUCCCUAAAAAAAUUGUCUAUUUGUAAAUGCCCCAAAUUCAAAUCAUGGUGUAUGGAGGGGAUGGCAAAGCUGCAUGAACUAACUAUAGAGUCUUGCCAAGAUCUAGAAUCUCUACCUGUUUGGUUGCGCCAUCUUCCUUUACUAAAGCAAUUGAGUAUUCACCAUUGCCCAAAGUUUCAUUCACUACCUGAGGGUGGCCUCCCUUCCUCACUUGAAACAUCGAACAUCAAAGCUUGUAAUCUCAGCUUAAGGGAGGAACGAAGGCACCAAAAGCGAUCUCCAAAAUGUCUAAUGAUUCAGCCCAUCCCUUUUCAGACGAUAUGGAAUUCUAAAAAUAUUUGAGUGGCAUGAAAACAAUCAAGCCUAUCAAUAUUUGGGCAAUAUUUCCAUGCAGGCCUCUCUGAAAUAGAUGCCUCAUGACACUUUGGCAUUUUUAACAUGGUGCAGGUAGCACUGAAUACUGUUGAUCACAUGUGCCAGUCAGGUCUUAAUUUACCAAUUGAAACUCUUCACCCAAUUUUAUGUGCAACUGACCAGGGUGGUGAACUUAAUAUGGUAUGCCAUUCCACUCCAUACUGUAUAUUUUGUUUUUAAACUUCAUUAUUGUUGCAAUGGUACUAUUUUAUCAAAGUUCAAUGUGCAGCUAUCUUAAAAUAUACUUCAAAACUUGGACCAAUGUUUAUGCACAUGAGAGGGAGCUAGUUAGAUAAUUAUUAAGCCUGUCAUGUCUCAUGCCUGACAUGUAAGAUUGCAGAGAAGAGCUAUAUAAGAUUGCAGAUGGAGGUUGGGAAAACGAUCAAUUGUCAUGAACUAUUUGAGCUCCUUUAAUGGUUCUAUUUCUAUAAAGGGUUUGAUAUCUUGAGCUUCAAAUUUAUUGAAUUCGAUUAAAAGUUUGUGCUUGAUUGAAAUCAAGCAACAUAUGUGGUUGGAGUAGCUUGCUUGUGUUCACAAACAAGCUAAACUCGGAAGGAAAUCAGCCUAAAUUUAAGAAUGAUUCAUUUUGUUAGAGAGUGUAUUAGAAGUGUAUAUUCUGAAUCUGUAAGAAAUAAAAGAAAUAUGAAACUACAUACUUAUAGUAGUCAUAGUAUGUCAUGUUCACAAUCCAAACUCUUAACACUUUAGAGUCCUCACAGAGAACUUGAUCCAAACUUGAGCAUCCAUUUGAAUAUCCUGCCUAUAAUAAGUUUGAUCAUAUCAGAUCAUGCUUUUUGGUUGGGAUCAUAUACAGCCAUAUUUAUGUGUUGGAAUUUAAUAUUUUUUCAUGUGAAAGGAAAUUGUUUCUCUUGACAUUUGCAUUUAUAUUUAUAUGUUCAUAAUCCUUUGUUGUGCUUAUAUAAUUGUCUCAAGUUACAUCGUAUUAAUGUAAAUGUAAUCUCCUGGCCUAGAAUUUUCUUAACUUCACUAUAUUUGGAUAUGUAACUGUUUUCCGGGUGAGUUAUGAGCAGACCUGAAAUAAUACAAAAUAUCUAGGAAAAUAUUUGUGCAAUGGUUAUGAAAUGUAUUGGUUUUGAUGUUUCCAAAUUUAUGUUUUUCUUGUUGAGCAUUAUCAUGAUGUUUCUUGAUCCACUUGGGAUUAUAGGAAGUUUGUUACAAGAAUUAUUUUGCUGGUCAGAUAUAUUUUAAUCUGAAGCUUGAAUAUGGCUAGGUUUUGUAUUAACUACUAGGAUAAUGUGGCACUAUCUUGUUUCAUAUGAUAUGCUCCAUUUGUUUUGCUGCUGAUUAUAAAUGAAAAUUUGAAAUCAUAUGCAAUUCUCACCACACCUGAGCCUCAAAAGAUGUGUGCCAUGGGCAGCAGAUAAACUUCCUUAUGACUUGCAAUUCCUUUGAAACCAAUCCAUUUGUCAAUUCUGAGUUUUUAUCUUAUCAUGCACACUCAUCAUGUUAAACAGAGUGAUGGUACUAUACUGUCCAAAAUAUUGAUAAUAUGUCCAUGUACCAUAUCAUAAUGUAUCCAUUAUCUUAAAAUCUCUCUACCAUAAUACAUCUGAAGAGAAUUGUGUCUGCAAAAUUAUAUGCCACAACAUAUAAAUUCACCAACAUGGGACAUGUUUCAUGUCCCAAACUCCUCAUGCUCUCGAAAUUUGAAGUGUUUGCAAGUAUUUCCUCACUGUAAAUACAAAUAUCAAAGACUACACCUAAAGGUAUGUGUAUCCAAAGAUAUACAUUGGUGUUGUAGUCAUCUAGACAUGAUACAUGCAACUGCCUACAGCCACUGACAUAUAUUUACAUAUUUCAUACCCUAUUAUUAUCCGUCAUGCUAUAAAGUGCCCGUAAGCUGCCUGCCCCAUGAAUCUUCAUCUUAAAAUGUGGAACAGAUGUAGUGUUUGAGUAGAACAUGUUCCCUGUGCAGUAAGUAAAUAACACAUCUACAGUUUUAAACCAGAUGAAUUACAAUAUAUCAUUGAUUGAUGUAGCAUCGGUUCUCAUGUUCCACUUUAAUUUGAAGCAAUUUCACAUUACUACAAAAAACUCUGAUGAUCAUGUGAGUUCAUUUGUUUGUUGAAAAAUUGCUCUCAUUUCCCAAACAAGAACUACUCCGCUUGCUCUGAUCUAACAUGCCUAUUUGUCUGCUUUUUGUUUUGCUGUAAGGCAUGAGUCAACAAGAGGUUUAGAUUCAAAAUCUAGAUGACAAUGUUGAACUUGAAGACUUCAAGCCAAGCAACAUUCUUUGUGUAAUCAUGUGCUCAGUAGCUAAGAACAGUUCAAGUCUCAUGCUGACUAUGCUACUCAAGAAUGUUGCAAGAAUGUUGCUACUAAUUUUUUAUACUAAAAAAAUCUUUCACAGAUCUCCAAAUUGCCACUGCUGAAGCAUAUCUGCUGAAGCUUUGCUUUGUUAAGGUAAUGACUGACAAUGUCUAUAAAAUCUGAAUAUGGCUGACACUGAGUUUGCUAAGACUUAUGUAUCUUCAUCCUACUUUUGAGUUAAGGCUUGUAAUCUGGAUGAUUAAAUAGGGUUUCUUUAGUUUUGUUUUGCACUGUAUUUCCAAGUACUGACAUUUGUUGUUUCUAUAUGCAUUAGCUAUUGAUAUUUUACUAAGAGACUGUAAAACCAUUUUGAUAACUUGAAUUUUAAAAUUAUUUGUAUGA